AUGCAGCUGCACUCCAAGUCGCACACGGAGGUGAAAGCUCACCAGUGUCCGCACUGCUCCAAAUCCUUCGCUAACACCAGCUACCUGGCCCAGCACAUCCGCAUCCAUAGCGGAUACAAUUUAAACCACACAGAAUCCAAACCUCACAAGUGUCCUCACUGCACGAAAUCAUUUGCCAACACAAGCUACCUUGUUCAGCAUGUACGAAUACACACAGGAGUCAAACCUUACACCUGUAACUACUGCCAGAAAACCUUCAGACAGCUCAGUCACUUGCAGCAACACCACAGGAUCCACACAGGAGAUAGGCCAUACAAAUGUUCAUAUCCUGGUUGUGAGAAGUCUUUCACUCAGCUUUCUAACCUACAGUCUCAUCGGCAUCAGCACAACAAGGACAAACCGUAUAAGUGUCACCACUGUAACCGUGGUUAUGUAGACGCAGGCAGCCUGGAGGUUCAUCUGUCCACUCACACGGUCAAACACGACAAACUCUACUCCUGUGGUUUAUGCAACCACACAUAUACCUCGGAAACAUAUCUGAUGAAGCACAUGCGAAAACACACCCCAGAUAUGCUUCCGUCUCCACCCGGAUCAAACCAACAGAAUCACAGCUCCGGUCACACAGGAGGAAGUAGCUCGGAUGGAGACGGGCAAAGCCAAGCCGAGAGGAACAAUGCCUUCAUCCAGCCGUGCAUAUUCGACUUGAACCAAUACAAGUCAGUACCUUCUGCAGAUGUGCAGUAUAAAACUGUCUGUAUAUCUGACAUUUCCCCUCACAAAGACCUCUGCAUCACUGUGGAGGCUUCUGCCAUACAGGUGGGACACCUAAACUCAUGAGGAAUCCCAUGAAACUUUGGAGGUUAGGAAAAAACUUUUGCAAUCGAUGAGAUCCACACAGAGCUGUGGAUAUAGAAUGACUUUUCUUACUCGAUAACGUUUUAUUUGUAUAAAGGAGCAAGUGGAUUUAAUUGGACAAAAUCGAAGAAAAUAGACUUUUGUAUUUUUUUAUAAUCCUGAUCUCCCUCCCCAAAAGCUUCCUUGAAGACUGUUGCUGUUUCAGUGGGUACCCAGCUCAUAUCUCAAGUCUGUUGCUGAAAUUUCUAGUUUAUCUUGUUUGUUUGAUUGUCUGCGUCUGUAGUUUUUGGUACGAUCACUGCACUGUCAACAUCAAUAUUGUUACUGUCAAUGAGAACGGAAAUAUUGUGUCUUGCACAUUAUGUAUGGGAAUUGUUGUUCUGUUUUUGCUUUUAAAAAGGGAAAUUUGUUUGCAGUUACAUACGUUAAAAAGCACGUAUAUAUGGUUAAAAGAUGUAUUGUGUGUGAAUGAAAAAAGGACAACAGUUAUAGAUGUGUGUGUCAACUAAUGUCGAUGGCAAAUAUCUAAUGAGAUGGUGUUUUUCUUGAAAAAUUAUCCUGUUUAGUAUUUCCAUUUGCAGAUGACGAAAUUUUACAUUAUUACAUUAAUAGAAUAUAUAAUAUUCUAUUGUAACUACAGUUAUCAAAAUAACUGUAAACAUGCAACAACCUCUAGGCAUUAAUAAAAUCAGAUUAGUGUGCAUUAAUCCUUUAAAACAAGAU